GUCUGCAGUGAGUUAUGGUGUCUGAGUAAAAGCAACCGCUGCAUAACCAACAGCAUCCCUGCUGCUGAGGGGACCAUAUGCCAAACCAACACCAUUGAAAAGGGGUGGUGCUACAAGAGGGAGUGUGUGCCUUUUGGCACCCGACCAGAGGGCGUGGAUGGUGCCUGGGGAGCCUGGUCGUCCUGGGGAGAGUGCAGCAGGACGUGUGGCGGAGGGGUAUCAUCAUCCGUUCGCCAUUGCGACAGCCCUCGGCCCACCAUCGGAGGAAAGUACUGCCUGGGAGAGCGGAAGCGAUACCGGUCCUGCAACACCGACGACUGCCCGCCGGGCUCCCAAGACUUCCGAGAGCUGCAGUGUGCCGAAUUCGAUAACGUCCCCUUCCGAGGGAAGUACUACACCUGGAAGACAUACCGUGGAGGGGGUGUGAAAGCCUGUUCCCUCAACUGCCUGGCCGAGGGUUUCAAUUUCUACACAGAACGAGCCGCAGCCGUGGUGGACGGGACACCAUGCCGGCAGGACUCCAACGACAUCUGCGUCAAUGGGGAGUGCAAGCAUGUGGGCUGUGACCGUGUCCUGGGCUCUGACUCGAAGGAGGACAAGUGUCGUGUGUGCGGGGGAGACGGCAGCUCCUGUGAGACUGUUGAGGGCGUCUUCAACCAGUCCCUGCCGGAGGGAGGUUACGAGGAGGUGAUCCAGAUUCCCAAGGGCUCCGUCCACAUCGACAUCCGGGAGCUGAACCUCUCCAUCAACUACCUAGCACUGAGAGGGGAGAGCGGCGAGUAUUACAUCAACGGGAAGCUCUCCAUUGACCCCCCGCGACGCUUCGACAUCGCAGGCACCACAUUCCACUACAGGAGAUCCCCAGAGGAGCCUGAGUCCCUGGAGGCCUUGGGACCCACCAACGUCACCCUCUUUGUCAUGGUCCUUGUGCGGACAGAGCUGCAGGGGAUCCGGUACAAGUUCAAUGCACCCAUCGGCAGGGAUGGCUCGAACCAGUACUCCUGGCACUACACCCCGUGGACAAAAUGCUCAGUGCUGUGUGCAGGGGGCAGCCAGAUCCAGUCUGUGGUAUGCAAGAAGCUAUCUGAUGGUUCAACUGUCUUCAACCAUUUCUGUAGCCCUGAAACCAAAAUGCCAGAGCGGCAGAGGCCGUGCAAUACCGAACCGUGCCCCCCGGCCUGGGUGAUUGGGAACUGGUCUGAAUGCAGCCGAAGUUGCAACGAAGGCGUCCGCACACGCAGCGUCUUCUGCAAGCGUAAGAUCUCUGCCACCGAGGAGAAGGCCUUGGAUGAUGCUUCUUGCACCCAUCCACGGCCAAAGAUGCUUGAGCCUUGCAAUAACCAGACGUGCCCUCCGGAGUGGGUCACCCUGGACUGGUCUGAGUGCACCCCAAGCUGUGGGCCAGGUUUCCGCCACCGCAUUGUCCUGUGCAAGAGUGGUGACCACAGCGCGACUCUGCCCACCUCCCAGUGCUACGAAGGCUCCAAGCCCCCGACCAGCAUGAGGUGCAACCUGCGGCGCUGCCCACCACCACGCUGGGUGACCGGCGAGUGGGGAGAGUGCUCUGCGCAGUGUGGCCUUGGCCAGCAAAGAAGAUCCGUCCAGUGCCUGGCUCACACCGGGCAGCCAUCCAGUGACUGUGCGGAGACCCUGCAGCCCCCUGGCAUGCAGCAGUGUGAGACCAAGUGCGAAUCGGGACCUACGGACAACCCUGAAGAGUGCAAGGAUGUGAACAAGGUGGCCUACUGCCCGCUCGUCCUGAAGUUCAAGUUCUGCAGCCGGACCUACUUCCGACAGAUGUGCUGUAAAACAUGCCAGGGGCACUAG